GAAGGCAUUAAUUUUAUCGGACAAAAAAUUCCAACUACGAUUUACGAGCAGGCGCAGCAAAACCGUUGGGUGGCGCUGCGAGUAGAACCACGGCCUUUGUCAAAUCAUUCAAUCUGCUGCUUCCUUCUUCUUCUUCUUUAAUAUUUCAAAAUUUUUUGGAGCCAUUUUACCUCAAAAAUCAAUCAUAUAUACUUUUAUAUCUGCAACACACAAUCGUAUAGUAUUGCUGCAUAGUGCAGAGUUUUGUAGAACUCUUAAAUUUCAAGAUCUUCUCAGUGUCUUUCUUCCAUUACUCAGUUUUAUUCCUGACAGAUCAAUAUGCGGGGUGCUGGAAAGAAGGUGAUGCAUCAAGAGUCUGGCAAAUCUUCUUUCUCAAAGACAGAGAAUGGGUCUAUGUUAAUUGCAUCAUUAAAGUUAAAAAAAGACAGCAAAAUAUCUCAUUGCAAAAAACAUAAACCAAAAUCAAAAUCAAAAUCUCAUUUGAAAGCUGUUGGUGCAAAUUUGCUGAAGAGCACAGUUACUGACCCUUCGAGCAAGGGGAUCAGGAAUGAUUCUACAAGUAAAAAAUUGAUCAGUAGAAAAAUCUUAAAAAAAGCUCAUGAGCCUAAGAAGCUGGCUUCUUCAAAGCCACGAGGCAAACAUUCUUCUGUUAUUGCUUCUGAGGAGAAUGGGAAAAAUGCCAACAGGGAAGUCACAUUUAAAAACCUUAACAAGAAGAACAAUAAGAGAAGACGAAAGGAGAAGGCGGAACUAGAUGAACCAUCACGCUUGCAAAGGAGAGCAAGAUACUUGCUGAUUAAAAUGAAGCUGGAACAGAACCUCAUUGAUGCUUACUCUGGGGAAGGUUGGAAAGGUCAAAGUCGAGAGAAGAUCAAACCAGAAAAGGAACUGCUAAGAGCCAAGAAACAGAUUUUGAAGUGUAAGCUUGGCAUACGCGAUACAAUUCAUCAGCUGGAUUCACUUAGUAGAGUGGGUUGUAUUGAAGACUCGGUUAUGGCACCUGAUGGAUCUGUUUCCCAUGAACAUAUAUUCUGCGCAAAGUGCAAAUCCAAUGAAGUUUUCCCAGAUAAUGAUAUUGUUCUCUGUGAUGGGACUUGCAACUGUGCCUUCCAUCAAAAAUGCCUAGAUCCUCCACUGGACACUGCAAAUAUACCACCAGGAGAUCAGGGAUGGUUUUGCAAGUUUUGUGAAUGUAGGAUGGAAAUUAUAGAAGCUAUGAAUGCACAUCUGGGAACCCAGUUCUCAGUGAGUGGCUGUUGGCAGGAUAUAUUCAAAGAAGCAGCAAAUUUUUCUGAUGGUGGAAGUAUGUUGUUGAAUCCAGAACAAGAAUGGCCUUCAGAUGAUUCUGAAGAUGAUGAUUAUGAUCCUGAACGGAGGGAGAACAGCAUCAGUGGAGCAGGCACUGAUGAUGAUGCCUCUGAUGAUGCAAGCAGUUCAACCAGCUUGGGUUGGUCAUCUGACGGUGAGGUUUUUUCAGGAUCUAGAAAGUGGGAGAUGGAAAGCACAGAUUUUAGAAACCAAUCUAUUUAUAGCAGUUUAGAUUCUGAUGAAACCAGUGAUGAGGAAAUUAUGUGUGGCCCUAGAAAGCGAAGAGCAGUCGACUAUAAGAAGUUAUAUGAUGAGAUGUUUGGAAAGGAUGCUCCAGCAUAUGAGCAAGUUAGUGAAGAUGAAGACUGGGGUCCCGGAAAAAGAAAGCGGAGAGAAAAGGAGUCAGAUGCAGCCAGCACACUUAUGACAUUGUAUGAAAGUGAGAAAAAAUGUAAAAAAGUUGAAACCAUUGACGUGAAGAGGAAACUUUCUCGAGACUCACAAGUUAGAAGGCCAUUUUUCAGAAUCCCCCCUUCUGCAGUUGAGAAACUUCGCCAGGUUUUUGCAGAGAAUGAACUUCCCUCUAGAACUGUCAAGGAAAACCUUUCAAAAGAAUUGGGUCUUGACCCUGGGAAGGUCAGCAAAUGGUUCAAGAAUGCACGAUACUUGGCUCUAAAAUCUAGGAAGGCAGGGAGAGCAAAAGAGCUUCGCAAUUCUAGUCGCAAAAUCUCCAGGCCCAGAUUAGAUAAUAUGAAGGAUAAAACUGCUGAUAUAGUGGAAUUAAAUAAUGCCUCGAUGGAAACUAGUAUAUGUUCCCCAAAGAAUUCACAACAGGUUCUCCAAAGGAAGGAACCAAAGUCUCUAAGCAGCAGUUUGGAGAAAAAUGAACGGAAAAGAGCUUCCAUUGGAUCACCUUCUAAAAGCAAUAAGAUCAGUGUUGAGUACAGUGAUGAUGUGAGUUUAAAGAAGCUGUUAAAAUCAAAAAUGAAGAGAGGGAAGAAGAGGAACAACUCCAUUUCAGUGACUUUGUCUCAAGUGGCUGAGGCUGAGAUGGAGAGACUUUGUAGAGCCAAGGUUAGGCUAGAGAAUAUGAAGCAGACAUUGCUGGGACUACAAAUUGGCAAGUCUAGGAAGUCAAAUAAAAACCAGUUACAUCAAGAGUCUGUCAUCUUUGUUCCCAUUGCUGAGAUAAGGGAAAAAAUUUGAUCUUUUUGAAACGUACUUACAAAUUUUUUUUGCAGGCUUUGCUUACCUGUAAAUAUUCUGUUUCCAAUCUAUUGCAAGUCAGUUACUGCUCAUCACAAAUGAUAGCUUUUUCCUUUCUUUUCUUUCUUUUUUCCUAUUAGGAAAAUUAUUUAAUUCUAGGUAUCUUCUUUCAUUAGGGUGGCAAUUUGGGCUAAUAGGCUGUUCAGGCUUCAGAGUUCAAUGAAAUAUUUGGAGUAUGUUUGGUUUAA